CACACCACCCUGUCAGCCCCGAGACAAACUGCCGUUGGAUAAGGUAGAACUGUUCCGCAGGUAUCCUCUGCUGAGGAUCCUAUUCUAUUUCCAUACUUGAUACUCAUCCUUUGGACCUGAACCCGCCUUUGACUCAGGCAGUCAUGGUUACUCCAGUGUUCUCCAUACUGGGCUACAUCUACUCUCUGAGCCUCCUGCCUCUGCUGCUGCCUGGUUCGAGCCAGGGCAGUCCCAUCAUGUCACCUGAGGAGUUUCGAAGGGGCCCUGGGGCUAGAGGUCUGGUGGAUACCUCCAUGUUGGAGCAGAAUGAAGACCUGGACAUGCAGGACUUUCAGGGUCAGUUUCUGUCCACAUUGAACCUCACAGAGCUGGGCCCCCGGCCAAGGCCCCGUGAGGCCCGUAAAGAGCCACCAGAAUACAUGCUGGAACUGUACAACCGCUUUGCCAACGAUCGCACGGCCAUGCCCUCUGCCAACAAAGUGCGUAGUUUCAAGAAUGAAGAUUCCUCCUUCUACAGUGUGACGGUCAGGGGUGUGAGGACACACCCCCUGCUGUUCAACAUCUCCAUCCCCCACCACGAGCACAUCCUCACCGCCGAGCUCCGCCUCUACACCCUGGUCCAGAGGGAUCGCAGAUGCUACGCCGGCCUUGAUCGCAAGGUGACCAUCUACAAGAUCCACGAGGGGGGGCACUGGAGGAAAAAAGAGGGGAGGGACGAAAGAAGAAAUGAGCAGGAGACAGACAAAAUGGAGGAAAUGGAGGUGCUGGCAACCCGGCAAGUCUAUGGUAAAGACGAUGCCUGGAUUACCUUUGACCUGACCCAUCAGGUCAACCUUUGGUGUAAGGCAGAGAGCUUCGCCCACCGACUGGAGGUCCACAUUGCAAGUCUGGGUUCUGAUGGUGGGAAGACCCCCCAGGUCAGAGAAGAGGAUGGAAGGAAAGAGUUGGUCGAUGUGGAUGUUGACAUGGGCUCAGAUGGUAAACACAUGCCAGUGGUGAUUGUGUUCUCAGAUGAUCAGAACAGAGACCAUCGUGAGGAGGACAAGCGGGAGCUCAACCAGUUUACAGAACAUGAGAAUGACCUGCCGGCUGACCUGGAGUCGAGUCCACAGGUGAAUUGGGGGGACCAGGCUGGGAGCGAAGCUAGGAACACUGAUGGAGAGGAGCUGGACGAGGAGACUCUCAUGCAACUGCACUCCAACCUCAUUUAUGACACGCCUCCCCGAAUCCGCCGCAACACCAAGGGUGACCCCUGUAAGAAGACCCCUCUCUAUGUGGAGUUUAAGGACAUUGGCUGGGAUACUUGGGUCAUACAGCCCCUGGGCUAUGAAGCUUAUGAGUGCAAUGGUGUAUGCAGCUACCCUAUGACCUCUGAGGUCUCGCCUACCAAGCACGCCAUUGUCCAGAGUCGGCUGAGCAGUAAGAUUCCACAGAAGGCAUCACCAGCCUGCUGUGUUCCCACCAAGCUAGAGCCCAUCUCACUCCUUUAUGUCGAGGACGGAGGAGUGGUCACCUACAUGCACAAGUACGAGGGCAUGGUGGUGUCAGAAUGCGGCUGUAGAUAGUCAUAGAACUGACUGUAGGUUCAGGAGAGAGGUAUAGAGACUGUGGAUUAACGUAGACUGAGUGGUCAUCAAUUUCACUAUCAAGAAGAAAAUCAGAUCAAAAGUGCCUAUUUGAAAAUAAUACAUUUCUGCAAACAUUAAGGAUACUUGCUUUGUGAGCUAUUAGCAGACAUAUAGUGUAAACCAUUUUAAGGGCAUGAAUCAUUUCUAUAUCUAUAUUUUGCAGCAUCAACUACAUUGUAUGACAAAGAUAAACAGUGGAGGCGUAAAUAGAAAGAUGACAGAGCAAGAGGGUCCUGCCUGUAUGUGCAUUCAAUUAUGUACAUUUGCCAUUUGUAAAAGUACAUUUCUUAUUAUAUUGAGAUUAUAUAAAUGCUAUUUUACAAUGCCAGCAAUCUAUUUUUUUUUAAAGAAAAAGUGAAAUGUGAAUAUCAUGCUGUUCUUUGUAGUUUGUGAUCAUACAUUUCAUUUUGGCGAUAUUGGUAUGUACCGUCAGAUAUGCACAAGACUUUGUUGGUUUAAAUGGUUGGUCCUGUAUGGCUUAUUUGGUAGAGUAUUUAUUUGUUAUUAUUUUUUUACCAGGCAAGUCAGUUAAGAACAAAUUCUUAUUUUUAAUGACAGCCUAGGAACAGUGGGUUAACUGCCUUGUUCAGGGGCAGAACGACAGAUUUGUACCUUGUCAGCUCGGGGAUUUGAACUUGCAACCUUUCAGUUACUAGUCCAACACUCUAACCACUAGGCUACCUUGCCGCCCCCAGUUUGGCGCUUACCAGGUCAGUACACACACAAAAUGUUACCCAUCCAGCUUCAAUUCGCCAGGGCAUGGACUUUACAAGGGGUCGAAAGCGUUCCACAGGGAUGCUCGCCCAUGUUGACUCCAAUGCUUCCCACAGUUGUGUCGAGUUGGCUGGAUGUCCGUUGGGUGGUGGACCAUUCUUGAUACACACAGGAAACUGUUGAAUGUGAAAAACCCAGCGGCGUUGCAGAUGUUCACACAAACCGAUGCGCCUGGCGUCUACUAACCACACCCCGUUCUAAGACACGGCAAUCUUUUGUCUUGCCCAUUCAGCCUUGUCUCAAUUGUCUCAAGGCUUAAAAAUGCUUCUUUAACCCGUGUCCUCCCCUUCAUCUACACUGAUUGAAGUGGAUUUAAUAAGUGUUAUCAAUAAGGGAUCAUAGCUUUCACCUGGAUUCAGCUGGUCAGUCUAUGUCAUGGAAAGAGCAGGUGUUCAUAAUGUUUUGUACACUAAGUGUAUAUUAUUAAUGAAAGAUAAACUAUAACAGAUAACUCGUAUAUAUCCCACAUGCUAAGACAAAGAGGCGUAUUCUACAGCAGAGCAGAAUAAAUUGUGUUUGAAGUUCAUUACAAAUGUGAGUGCUUUCAGGGUUGGGUAGGUUUCUUUCUAAAUUGAAUACGUUAAAGUUACUAUCAACCUGUCCAAAAUUGCAGUCAGUAAUGUAACGUCUAGAUGACCCAAACUCAGUAACGUAAUCUGAUUACUUUUUUAUUAUUUUCCCCUUAAGUGGCAUUAGAAGACAAAAAGUAUCCAUCAAACCCAUUUGGUGUGUCAUCCGAGGUCUCUGACUUGAGGUCAGACUCACUCAGGUGGAACAAAUUUAAACCUGCAUCUUUUUCCAAUUCUGAAUUGAAUGUCAUUGAGAAAACAGAAAGGUGUCUUUUUUUAUUUAACUAGGCACGUCAGUUAAGAACCAAUUCUUAUUUACAAUGACGGCAUAGCGUAUAGUAAAAAAAUGAAUAAAUCCGCAAACACCCUUUCUGGAUUUAAAAGUAAUCCAUGAAGUGAUCUAGUUUAAAAGUAUCUGUAAUCAACAUGUUACAAUAUGUUUGCUGGUAACGUAACUGAUUACAGUUACUAUUUCUUUGUAAUCAGACAACCCUGUGUGCUUCCAUGAUUGACUAGACAUAGCCUAGUGAAAUGUGUUAGAGAUUACACUUUGUUUGAGGUUCUCCAUUAAAGGCAUGCUGAAAAAGCCAAGAAUACAAGUGCACUACAGCAGAAGUGAACCUGAAAUGAGUAUUGCUUUGAAUAGAGUGGCAUUGUGCAAAAAUGGCACGGAACAAUGAACUUGCUAUAUAGACAACCUUUCAAGAGUGUUACGUCAGAGAAGAGAAUGUGAAAGCAAAGAAAAACUAUACAAAAGUGUCAUUACUUUUAUUUAUUGCAGAUCUCGUUUAUCUCUGCAAUACAUCAAACCUCUCCAAUUGUAGAAAACAGAAGCAGAAAGGUACAGAUGAUGCAGAGCAAUAGAUUAAGUUUGUUUGCUAAAUGUUAUUUUUCCUGAAUACAUAAUACUGUCCAUGUCCAUAGAACCAAAUGGUUGUUUCAAAUCCAUUCUAUCCACUUAUUUGUGGGGUAAUCUAUUUGCCCCAGUCUGACUCACACUCCCUCCCCACAAUCACACUUCCUUCUAAAGCCACAUGCCACGCGAGCCGCUUUCUCCCCCCCCCCCCCCCCCCACCUCAAUGUGAUGGUGAUAAAGAGGUGUCAGGGCCUGGAGACUUGUAGACCAUCACUCAGGAUGAGACGCCAUUCCGAGUGGUGAGCAGUUGGGAGUGGGUGCUGUCAGAUUCCUGGGCCUCAACACCAACAAUCUCUAUGGACGAUCCACCCCCCAGACAGCCUCUCUGUAUUGGACGUUCUCUCUCUACCCCACCGCUGCCUCCCACCUAACCUUGUCUGACAUGGCCACUCGGCAGCCCUAAUCAUGGCUUUGUCUAUAGGACAGAUGGAAAAACACAUGUCACAUCAUUACCCAGUUUCUGUUGUCAGUGGACUGAAGGCGAGACAACCUUUUUGCAAUAACGCUGAAUGACUGAGUCCAGAUUUGCACUUCACUGCCAUGCAUUUGUGAAUCACAACAAUACUGUACUUAUGGGGCUGUUUCAGAUAUUAUUUCAGAGUACUCACUUUAUGAAUUAUGAUGGUUAUUUAUUUUGUCAAUUUCAUUUGACAUUUAAUUCUGUGGCAAUGAAUUAUCUUCAGGAAAAAUAAACUGUUUUGCAGCAUGAA